CCCAACACAACUCAACACUUUACAUCUGAUUCUCUCUCACUGAGCUGUGAGGUACAGAGUAACUCUACUGGAUGGACAGUCAGACGAUACACAGAUAAUGGAGAGGUGUCAGACUGUUCAUCAGACUGGGGAUCAGUAACAGGAUCUACAUGUAGCAUCAGCUCCCUCCAGUCAUCAGACAGUGGAGUGUACUGGUGUCAGUCUGACUCUGGAGGGAACAGUAAUCCUCUCAACAUAACAGUGGCCAGUGGUAAUGUGAUCCUUGAGAGUCCUGUCUUUCCUGUUACUGAGGGAGACACUUUGACUCUGCGCUGUAGAUAUCGAAACACCUCCUCAGACCUCAGAGCUGAUUUCUACAAAGAUGGAUUAGUCCUCCAGAGUCAGACUACAGGAGAGAUUAUCAUCCCUACUGUCUCAAAGUCAGAUGAGGGUCUGUAUUGGUGUAAACACCCAGAGAGAGGAGAGUCACCAAAGAGCUGGAUCAGUCAAAGGACAGACCAGUCAGACCUCAAAGCGGGACCAGAACCAAACCAGAGGAGAAAUGGAGUCAAAGGACAGACCAGUCAGACCUCAAAGCGGGACCAGAACCAAACCAGAGGAGAAAUGGAUGACGCUGAAGAGGGGUCAAGUGGCGUGACUUACUCUCAGAUUGUGAUGAAAAACAUGAAAAUAAAGAACAAAGACAAGACCAAAAGACCAGAGGAGGACACGGUUUACUCACAGCUGAAGUCAAACACAACCACAGGAACUGCUGACAUUUAUGACACCAUUGAGAGUCCAUGUGAAGGCAACAGAGACCUGUUCUCCCCUUUGCCCUCUGGUGUAAAGACCUUUGUUUCUUACCUGACCUCAGUAGGAGUGGGGGUGUCACAGGUCUACCGAGUUGCCCAGUAG